GGCCGACUUUGAAUAACAGAGCAAACAGCACACCAGAGAUCACAGCAGCUCACUUACCAGGCACGGGCAGAUAAAGAAAAUGAAGUUCCCUGUGGCACUAGUCCUCUGCACGGCUGCCUUACUGGAGCCUGGCAGCAGCUUCCCUAAUGCAGAAAGGAAAGGCGCGCCAGGAAAAGAAAAGAAGGUCCAAUACGCCUCAUGGGAUGAGGUCAACGUCAUCGCCCACGGUCUCCUUCAGUUGGGCCACGGUCUCAAGGAGCAUGUGGACAAGACCAAGGGCCAGAUCAAGGACAUCUCCGGCAAGAUGUCUUCCUUCAACAGCACGGUGGCUGAGCUGAGCAUGCAGUCCAAACAGCUGCAGGUGGAUGGCGAGGCUCUCAAAGCCAGGGCACAAGGGCUGGAGGAGAAGGAGAGCCUGGCAGCCAACAUCUCCGAAGAACUGAAGCAAAGGGCCGAGCAGCUGGAGACGGACAGCAAGCGGGUCAACGAGAGGAUGAGCCGGCUGGAGGACAUGCUGAACGGGCUGCUCAAGGCCGAGGGCAGCAAUGCCAGCACGAGCAACGGCAGUCAGGCCGACCUCCACAGCUUGCAGUUCCAACUUGAAGCACAAACCCGACGCAUCGACGAGCUGGUGGAGCGAAUCCGGCAGCAGCAAGAGAAGCUGGACAAGCAAAACGCCCGCAUCCGAACUCUUCAGUUUCAGGUGGAACAAAACCGAGUGAGCAGUCCAAGAUGGAAAAGUGUUUUAAAGCGACGAGUUGACAUCAAUGAAGCCGCAGAGCAGCUUUCAAAUUCCACCGGCCUUUCUGUGGACUGCCAUGACCUGUUUCUAAAAGGGGAACGACAAAGUGGUUUAUAUGCCAUUCAGCCUGUGAACUCCCAGCCAUUUCAGGCCUACUGUGAGAUGACAGAUGAAGGAGGUUGGACCGUAAUUCAGAGAAGAAGAGAUGGUUCCGUGGACUUCGAUCAGCUCUGGCAAGACUACAAGAAUGGCUUUGGGGAUUUUAAUGGAGAGUUCUGGCUUGGUCUAGAAAGGAUUCGUGCUUUGACACAGCAAGGUGGCUAUGUUCUACACAUUGAGCUGAAGGACUGGAGUGACCAGACCCAGUUCAUCGAGUUUCCAUUCAGCCUCGGAGGGGAGAACACCAGCUACAGUCUCUACGUCCAAGGAGUGGCGACAGGCAGUGUGGAGAACGCCCUCACCAAUGAUCUGACUGGCGUCCCCUUCUCCACCCGUGACAGGGACAACGACCUCAAGCAAGAUAUCAACUGUGCAAAACAUCUUAGCGGUGGCUGGUGGUUUAGCAACUGUGGACGAGCAAACCUGAAUGGAAAAUAUUUCAGCCGAAUUCCGCGGCAGAGACACGAGAGGAAACAAGGUGUCUUUUGGAAGACGUGGCGGGGCCGCUAUUACCCACUGAAGAGCACCCUAAUGAAGAUCGCCCCUGCCGAGCUGGAGUACGAGUCGUAGAGGGACUGCGCCACAUUUUCUUACCACUCAUGUAACAAGACUGGAACCUCAUCCUUCCUGCUGAGUCAUCGACCCUGGUGCUAAAGACAAUGUUUACAGACCUGGGCUGGCACGAAGCAGCUUGACGCACGCGGGCCCCCGGUGGAACAAUGGAUGGCAAAAAAAUGACCAAGAAUAAAGGAAGGGGACUGCUGCUGCUGCUGGCAACGCUCUCAGUGGUUCUAAAACAUGGCGGUCAUUUGGAAAUCUGGCCUUUCAGAAGUUCUUAAGGUCAUUUUUAAUUUUUUUUCCACAUUGCAACAGAGCAAUGCAGUACACUAUUUAAUUAUUAAGUUUAUAUUUUCUUAAUGUGUGACUGUCGAAACAAUGCAUUCCUUAAACCUAUAAUUUAUUUUAUGAAUGCAGACCUCUCUUCCAACGCCAAAGUUGAUUUCCUGUUACGUAAAAUUUGUUCGGCGUGAUUACACAAGAGUUGGAUCAAAAGAAGAAGCACGCACAAUUGUUUGCAGCGUACUGCAACUUUCUGUACUUACUGUAUAUAAACCCCUACUUAAGAAACAGACCGGAAAGAUCGAUAGUGUAGCAUUUCUCGACUUUCUGUUAUGAGUUUUCUCCAAACUUCUGCAUUCUUUUGCACCCAAGGUGGGAAUGAAAAUUAUCAUCGCUUGUUAAUUCAAUCAUUACCACAGUGUUAGGUGUUUGAGCAUAAGCCCCCCUCCCCAAUGUUUACACUGGGGUCUGUAGGUGACCCUAGCGGUCAGGUCCAUCACUGUCUAGAGCACGAUUUACAUGAAUCCCACUGCUGCCACCAGUAAACUUCAGUUCCUCUGUUGACUUAAAUAGAACAAACCAGGAGAAGAAAAGGAAAGCGUUUUGCUGGGGCAUUCAAUCUCAAGGUUUUAUCCCUUCAUGUGCAUCGAUCCUUUAAAUCAGAAUUGGGGACGGUGGUGGGGGGGAAUAGGGGGUGCAAUCCAUCAUGGAACAUUUCUUCAAGACAAGUGUUAACUCUUUCAUUCUGUACAAAUUUCAUACAGUAUUAAUUCCUUCUCUUCUCCAUGAGCUACUUGCAUUUCAGAGGAGGCGAUGGGUGUGGAAUUCGUUUAGGGGGCAUUAUUAUCUUUUCUUUUCCACACCAGUCCCUUUGACCUCUUUCAUUGUUUUUUUUUGGGGCCAUAGGCUUUAUCCCAUGUUUAUUUUUCAGCGAGAGGACCAGACACUUGCAGUUAAGAAGCAAUGACACACUCUUGUGUUUAAAAACCUGCAAUGGUGGAUGCUUAAGUCUCUGAAGGGGCUGCAGUCGCUGUCUUUGAGGACAGGUGUUAUGGUGUCACAGCCCUCGGCUAGGGGACGAUUCCAGUCGUUAAUGGAACUUCUCAUUUAACAGAGUCGAUCCGCUGACCAUGUAGUAGUUGACUCACAAUUCUAAGUGUAUGAUAACGAUUAGUGUGAACGGAGAUAUUUCCGUAAACUAUGUGAAAUCCAUAGCGUGGAUGGAAAUCGCGUUCAUUCAAAAAUGGCAUUUGAAAUGAAUUGGUGGUAGCGUGGAUGUUACUUCAAACAACACGAUGCUUACAGACUAACCACACGUGUAAGGUAAGCCGAAGCCCAAAAGCGUAUCUCCCCCGUGUUGAACUUCACCACUCUUUGCAGUUCCUCUCCUAAAAGUUCAAGACAUAUGCAGAUUGCCUCGAGAACAAUCACAAUUUCACUAAAGCUCCAAACACACGGAAAAGCAACAAAUCUGGAAACAAGUCAGGCAAAUUCACCAAGAGUUCAGUUGAAUUGCCACCACCGUGGUCCUCACUUGUGUGUACGAGACUGGAGUUCCGCCUGGCAUCUCCAACAACACACUGCCACCGCAUUGCGCUGGCAUUUUUGUCCUUUGGUCAUAUUGACUGCACUGGGAAGGCGUUUUGUAGCCACUGACAUUCUCUGGGCUGGGGGGUAGGGAGGGGUUUGGGCCCUGUGUGUGUGUACGAUGAAUUUGAGUUGUAUAUAUGGAAGUUUUUUUGUUUUUUUUUUAUUUAAAAUCAGCUAAAACAAAUAUUUGUCUACUUGUAUUGCUUUGAAUUAACUUAUUUUAUUUUUCCUCUGCUCUUUAAAUUAAAUUCCAUUUGUCGCUGUACGCAAACUGCAGUUUGUAAAUUUAUGGGUUCGUUUUUUUGUGACUAAGCUCUCGGCUUCUACCUGACCAACUGAAUAAAGAAAAGAGGACAAUCCAAAAAAAAAACAAAACUUGGG